AUGCCGUCAGCAACGAUGCAGAUGCAAUCCAUCUCCGGAAUCAUCACACAAGUUCACAACACGAGUGGAGAAACACCUCCGCCACUGGUUGGCGCAUCCAUGACCGUCGUGGGUGACCGAGUAUUUGUCUUUGCUGGACGGCUGGUGACGUCCAGAAAAAUGACAAACUACAUGUAUGUGCUUGAUCUCAAUACGCUCCAAUGGACGCGCCAUAUACCACCACCCGACUCCGCCAAACCGCCCAAACCUCGCUAUUUUCAUUCAGCUGAUGUCUACAACAACACCAUCGUUGUGUUUGGCGGUAUGGGUUAUUCGCGCAUCUCAACAGACGGUCUGUGCGUGCUCGACGACAUUUCUGUGUUUGAUGUGGAAACAAUGACCUGGAAACGACCGACGGUCGAGCCGUCUCUGUUUGCGCCGCGACCCCGUUAUGCGCAUUUGUCUGCGAUCGUUGAAGAUAAGCUGGUGAUCAUUGGAGGUCAGGAUAUGAACAACGGCUAUCUUGGGGAAAUCAAUGUUUUGGAUCUCAAAACAUGGGAGUGGGUGCACGCCAAAACGUUUGACAAGCACGUGGGUGCUUACAGAUCCAUUGCAAUCACCGCUCCUCCUCGGACUCGCUUGCCGGUUAUGCUCAGAGAGAGUAUGGGCGUGACAGCACCGACAGACAGCCCCAACAACAAUAACAUCGACGCGCCGUGCCCCAUUUAUCUAUAUACCAACUAUAAUUUUGCCGAUGUCAAACGCGAACUGCAGCUCAUCUUUACACCUUCCGGCGCUUCUUCGGCCAUCGAGGAUUGCUCAAACUACAUGACUGGGUCUGCGAUGCCUCCUGGUUUGAGAUUCCCGACUGGCCAUACCUUGGGUCACCAUCUAGUACUUGCAGGCACCUACUUGUCCCCACAAAGCCAGUCAUUCACUGUAUGGGCACUCGAUCUCGGCACGUUGACGUGGUCGCGCAUCGAAACCGGCUCCGUUUUUACUCAAGGUUCAUGGAACCGGGGUGUCCUUCACGAAGCCACGAACCGAUUCAUCGUUUUCGGUCACCGUGGACGUAACUUGCUGGAUGAUUACAACCAUCGCCAAGUCAACUUUGAUCACGUUGCGAUGGUAGAUAUGGAGGCGUUUGGCGUCUACAACCUUCCCAAGUCUACUUGCUCGACAUUGGCGCAAGAGAUGGGUCUCAGCUUGCUCAACGAGCCUGCUGUCUCGGAUUUCCGUAUCGUCACUAUUGAAAACCAGUCCAUCCCGGUCAACUCGGCAGUCUUGUGUCAACGAUGGCCUUAUUUCGAGCAGUUGAUGAAGGAGAACCUUCUCAAAGCACAUAGCAUGUCCUUCCCAUACCCGCACCCAGUAGUAAUUGCUCUUUUGCAAUUCAUUUAUACAGAUAAUCUGUUGACCGCACAGCAAUACCAGCCGCAUAUCCUUUCACAGCUUCUUCUGCUGGCAGACAUGUACGAUUUACCCCGGUUACGAGCCUUGGCAACGCACGCACUUCAUCAGAUGCUCAACAUGUCAACCGCACCCUUAAUUUUUGAAACUGCCGCGUUAUCCCACCAAACCAGCUUGCAAGUGCGCGCAUUAAAGAUGAUGAUUGCAGCCAAAAAGAUGAUCCAACAACAGCAGCAGCAACAACAGCAGCAGUCGCAAUUCUCGCCCAUGGCGCCUCGU